UGAGGCGGCAGCGGAGGGCGCGGCACUGCCCAGGGGGGGCCCCGCCGCGGGGGCCGCCACCCGCCCCGCCGGGGAUGUUGCGGUGGGUCCGGCAGCAGCUGGGUUUUGACCCGCCGCAUCAAAGCGAUACAAGAACUAUUUAUAUAGCGAAUCGUUUUCCCCAGCAUGGCCAUUAUGUUCCUCAGAAGUUUGCAGACAACAGAAUCAUAUCAUCCAAGCACACAGUGUGGAAUUUUGUUCCCAAAAACUUAUUUGAGCAGUUUAGAAGAGUAGCCAACUUUUAUUUUCUGAUUAUAUUUUUGGUUCAGCUCAUGAUCGAUACCCCUACCAGUCCCAUCACCAGUGGAUUGCCAUUAUUCUUUGUCAUAACUGUGACAGCCAUAAAACAGGGUUAUGAAGACUGGCUACGACACAAAGCAGACAAUGAAGUAAAUGGAGCUCCAGUUUACGUAGUUCGGAGCGGUGGCCUUGUGAAAACGAGAUCUAAGAACAUUCGGGUGGGGGACAUUGUCAGAGUAGCCAAAGAUGAGACUUUCCCCGCUGACCUGGUGCUCCUCUCCUCCGAUCGAGCCGACGGUUCGUGCCACGUUACCACCGCCAGUUUGGACGGAGAGACCAACCUCAAGACGCACGUCGCGGUCCCAGAAACAGCCGUGUUACAGUCUGUUGCCAACCUGGACAAACUUGUAGCUGUCAUAGAGUGUCAGCAGCCAGAGGCAGAUCUGUACAGAUUUGUUGGAAGAAUAACUAUAAGUCAACAAAUGGAAGAAAUCGUACGACCUCUUGGGCCUGAAAGCCUCUUACUUCGUGGAGCAAGAUUAAAAAACACUAAAGAAAUAUUUGGUGUUGCAGUGUAUACAGGUAUGGAGACAAAGAUGGCAUUAAAUUACAAGAGUAAAUCUCAGAAACGGUCAGCAGUAGAAAAGUCCAUGAAUUCCUUUUUGAUUAUUUAUCUAAUAAUCCUCCUCUUUGAAGCCAUUCUGAGUACUAUUUUAAAGUAUGCGUGGCAAGCUGAGGAAAAGUGGGAUGAGCCUUGGUAUAAUGGAAAAACGGAGCACGAAAGAAACAGCAGCAAGAUCCUGCGAUUUAUUUCAGAUUUUCUUGCUUUUCUGGUACUCUACAAUUUCAUCAUACCUAUUUCACUUUAUGUGACUGUUGAGAUGCAGAAGUUUCUGGGAUCUUUUUUUAUUGGCUGGGAUCUUGACCUCUAUCAUGAAGAAACAAACCAGAGAGCGCAAGUGAAUACUUCAGACCUCAACGAGGAGCUGGGACAGGUGGAGUACGUGUUUACAGACAAAACGGGUACGUUAACUGAAAACGAGAUGCAGUUUCGGGAGUGCUCCAUUAAUGGCAUAAAGUACCAAGAAGUCAAUGGUAAACUGACUCCAGAGGGGUUUUCUGAAGAUUCUCCAGAUGGAAAUAGGCAUAGUUUGAUGAAAGAGGAGGAGCUGUUCCUGAAGGCGGUGUGUCUGUGUCACACGGUGCAGAUCAGUGCGGAUCAGAGCGACGGCGCUGACGGGCCCUGGCACGGUGGUGGGUCGCCGGCCACGCUGGAGUAUUACGCCUCCUCCCCGGAUGAGAAAGCCCUGGUGGAAGCUGCCAGCCGGGUUGGAGUAGUUUUUACUGGAACUACUGGGGACAGUAUGGAAGUAAAAAGUCUCGGAAAACCAGAAAGGUAUAAAUUGCUUCAUGUUUUGGAGUUUGAUCCGAAUCGCAGACGGAUGAGUGUCAUUGUAGAGAGUCCCUCAGGGGAAAAGCUUUUGUUCACAAAGGGAGCAGAAUCUUCCAUUCUUCCUCGUAGUAAGAGUGGAGAAAUAGACAAGACCAGGAUACACGUGGAUGAAUUUGCCUUGAAAGGACUAAGGACUUUGUGCGUGGCCUACAGAAGAUUCACACCCGAGGAGUACCAAGAAGUUGGCAAACGCCUGCAUGAGGCCAGGACUGCCUUACAGCAACGGGAGGAGAGAUUAGCAGAUGUGUUCAACUUCAUAGAGAGGGAUCUGGAGUUACUUGGGGCUACAGGAGUAGAAGACAAACUGCAGGAGAAAGUCCAAGAAACCAUCGAAGCCCUGAGACUGGCCGGUAUCAAGGUGUGGGUGCUCACUGGAGACAAGCACGAGACGGCCGUGAGCGUCAGUUUGUCCUGUGGCCACUUCCACAGGACCAUGAACAUCCUGGAGCUCGUGCAGCACAAGUCAGACAGCACGUGUGCGGAGCAGCUGAGGCAGCUCGCCAAGAGAAUAAAGGAAGACCAUGUCAUCCAGCACGGCCUGGUGGUGGACGGGACCAGCCUCUCUCUUGCACUCAGGGAACAUGAAAAACUGUUCAUGGAAGUUUGCAAAAACUGCUCUGCAGUGUUGUGCUGUCGCAUGGCACCCCUUCAGAAAGCAAAGGUAGUGCGACUGUUAAAAACGUCUCCAGAGAAACCUAUAACGUUGGCCAUCGGUGAUGGUGCUAACGACGUGAGCAUGAUACAAGAGGCCCACGUCGGCAUAGGAAUCAUGGGCAAGGAAGGAAGACAAGCUGUGAGAAACAGUGACUAUGCAAUAGCACGGUUUAAAUUCCUCUCCAAGUUGCUUUUUGUUCAUGGGCACUUUUACUAUAUUAGAAUAGCAACCCUUGUACAGUACUUUUUUUAUAAGAAUGUGUGCUUUAUUACACCACAAUUUUUAUAUCAGUUCUUCUGUUUGUUUUCACAACAAACGCUCUAUGACAGUGUAUACCUGACUUUGUACAAUAUUUGUUUCACUUCCUUGCCUGUCCUCAUAUACAGUCUUUUUGAACAGCAUGUGCAUCCGCAUGUAUUACAGAGCAAACCUGUGCUGUAUCGAGACAUCAGUAAAAAUGCCCAUCUGGGGUUUAAACCCUUUCUUUACUGGACCGUCUUGGGCUUCAUUCAUGCAUUUGUUUUCUUUUAUGGCUCGUAUCUUCUAAUGGGAGAAGACACUUCUCUGCUGGGAAAUGGCCAGAUAUUGAAGCCUAACAGGCAAAUGAUGUUUGGAAACUGGACAUUUGGUACUUUGGUCUUCACCGUUAUGGUUAUAACCGUUACGAUGAAGAUGGCUCUAGAAACUCACUUCUGGACAUGGAUAAACCAUUUUGUUACUUGGGGAUCCAUUGUAUUUUAUUUCAUAUUCUCCUUGUUUUAUGGGGGAAUUAUCUGGCCAUUUUUACACACCCAGGACAUGUACUUCGUAUUUGUUCAGCUGUUGUCAAGUGGUUCUGCUUGGUUUGCCAUAAUCCUCAUCGUAGUUGCUUGUUUGUUCCUUGAUGUUGUGAAGAAAGUGCUGUACAGACACCUACAACCCACCAGUACGGAAAAAGCUCAGAUGUUCUCCAACAGAGUUGCUUUAAGCGACGAGUUCAUCGCGCUGCAGCCAUUGUCCAGGGCCAGGAGUCAGCUGAGCAAAAUUAGCUCUCUGCGGCAGGUUCCGGUGUGGGCUGCGUGGAGUCGGUGUGCUGCGCGGCAGCAGCGUGCGCGUCUCUUGGCCGAGCUGUGGAGCGGGUGACGGGGCGCUGCAGCCCCCGCAGGUGCGGCAUUUCCCUGGGCAGCCUCUGCUGCCGCCGCGUCUCCUACAAGCUGGAGCCCGAGGAGCCCGCUGCUGCAGAUGGCUAACGAGCCCCCCGCGGGCUCCGCUCCUCGCCGCAGGACGCGCGGCCCUCCCGCCCUACUGGGUUUCACCCUAAAAGAUUAUUUUCUGGUUUCUUUCUUUUGGGAUGGGGAGGAGGGGGACGAGCGGUUCCGAGCAGGUUUCUGUCCCAACGUUCAGUUUGGCUUCCUGCGAGCUCUUGCGUUGUGUCUGUCGUGAUUUCUCUUGAUUUGUACAUUCUUCUCUUUAGAAAAAUCAAGCCUCGCUGCUGGUUUUGUUCUCCUUUUUGCGAUUAUUUUUUUUUCUUGCCUUCACCAAUCAGGAGUUGUCUGUAGAGUCGAAAGGCUUUUCCCUCUGGUUCUUGAUGUACAACCUCCAAAUAUUUACCUUGGAGCUUGCAGUACUCCUGACGUUACACAAAAGGCUCACGCAUCCCCUCUCUAAAUGUAACCACGUUGUUAGAAGGAGAGUCUUUAAAUCUUUCAGCCAUUGAUUGAUAUGAAGAUGAAAUAUUUUUGUAGUAUAACUUUUAUAAUCUAUUUCUAAAGUCAGAGUUAAUUGACAGAACAGAGCCUCCGGGUUCUAAGAAUUUUAAAGGGGGUUUUUUUUUGGGUUCUAGAAGGUAUAUUGUCAAACUCAUGUGUGCCAUUCCAAAGUCUGUGCUAAAUAAAUCUCCUUGUUCCUUCACAAACCAUGUGUGAAACAAACAUCACUGGGAUAAAGCCACGUGUGAGGAGCAGCACUGCUCUUGCAGUCGCAUCCCUCUCACGAAAUCUGUGCCACCUCCCCCCUCCCCAACCCAGGGAAAUAUUUGGGGGUAGAAACACAAAACCCAGGCUUUUGUACAUCGUGAUCUCUCCGUCUCCGAAUGAUAUCGGGGCCCUUUCAUUGGUCAAACCUGAAAAAGUCGCAUUUCACGCAUAUUUGUCCACAAUUUUGCCCAAGUUCUGUCUCUCUUGGUGGAAGCCCGUGAUAUCAUUCGUGGGGGGUGGGACCCUGUGGGGUCUCUGCUGGGUCUGACGCUGCUGCUGGGGACGGCCCUGCCCCGGGGGACAUCCCUGGGGUGUCUCCUGGGGACACGGUGGCCCCGCUCCCCCUCUUUCCUCCGCUCUCGGGGUCCCUUCCCCUCCUGCAAACCCGGGCUGUCCUUCUGCAGAAGGUUCCAUCCCCUGUGGAAAUCCAGCUGUCGUGAUUCAGAACCUUUUUACUUCAGACUCUUGCUGUACGGGAAGCGGGCAUGAUGUAUAAAAUAAACAGUUCAAUAGAAUUUUUAAUCCA